AAAAUGUAGUGGGUCAAAUAAGCUGUGAGCCACUGUAUGUAACGAGCAUAGCGUAUCUAAUCUUAUCGCACUUGGGCUGUUAUUUUGCACCUUCUUCCCCUCUUUCUCUGCCGCUCUCUCUCUCUCUCUCUCUCUCUCUGUCCGACUGUCUGUCUCUUCUGAUAAUAACACGGGGUUUAUCUACCGGUUAACCGCAUCCAGACAGCAUCAGAUGCGUCUCAGUUGAGAUUUGCCUGCCGCGGUGUUAGUACUCAGGGCAACUUGGAGUUAUUUGGGAUGCAUUCUCUAAUUAAUUAGCCCCGGAAUGAGAGCAUAGUAAAAAAAUAAACAAAAACUAAAUUAAACUAUCCAACUAAUAUGGUUAUCGAUUCCCCACUUACGGCACAAAAAUAUCUACGCCGCGUCUCAAAAGAUUUCUCAACAGUGCGUCGCUAUAGUAACACACCAGGCACAGUAUUAUCUCAGCCUAUACCCUCGGUCCCAGCUACCAGCGAUGGAGCUGAAGAUUUGCCGAGUACACCGCGCGGUAUUCGUAAACGCCAACGAAUGCGAAAACGUUCCUCAGUAUCAUCGACAUUAUCGAAAGUUUUAAUACUCAAUGUGCGUGAUUUGCUGAAGGCGCAUAAUAACUGCGAACCGGCUAAAGAGCAUCAGCCGCGCAGUUGGAUUGAGACCAAUUUUCAGAAACGCGAGUGCAUCAAAUUUAUCCCAUGCCCAAAGGACGAUACAAAAUGCUGCUGCGGUCAGGCUCAGAUCACGCACCAGCAGAUAGCCGGCAUCGAGAGCGGGUCGCCGGGUGACUUGUGGCUGCCGACGAAGCACACGCGUCCUCAGCCCACAGACGCCUAUGGCACCAUCGAGUUUCAAGGCGGCGCACAUCCUACAAAGGCGCAGUAUGUGCGUUUGUCCUUCGACACGAGACCGGAGCUGCUGGUGCAGCUAUUCACCAAGGAAUGGAAUCUGGAAUUGCCAAAACUUUUGAUCACCGUGCAGGGAGGCAAAGCCAACUUUGAUUUGCAGGCAAAGCUAAAAAAGGAGAUACGCAAAGGACUUUUGAAAGCGGCCAAGACGACAGGCGCUUGGAUAUUCACCGGCGGCACCAAUACCGGGGUGACGAAACAGGUAGGCGAUGCGCUUCUGCUGGAGGGACAACAACGCACCGGACGUGUGGUCAGCAUCGGUAUUGCGCCCUGGGGCAUCGUGGAACGCAAUCAUGAGUUGUUGGGUCACAAUAGGGAAGUGCCAUGCCAUAGCAUAAGUUCGCCCAGAUCGAAAUUGGCAGUGCUCAACAAUCGACAUGCGUAUUUCCUUCUGGUCGACAAUGGCACACAGGCCAAAUAUGGCGCUGAAUUGAUUUUGCGACGAAAGCUGGAGAAAUUCAUAUCCAAUUUAAAGCUGCAUCCAUUCACACAUUCCAGUACGCCGGUCGUCUGUCUGGUGAUUGAGGGCGGUACAAACACGAUACGUGCUGUCCUUGAAUACGUUACGGACUCCCCGCCAGUUCCGGUUGUUGUAUGCGAUGGUUCUGGCCGUGCCGCUGACCUGCUCGCCUUUGUACACAAAUAUGCGUCCGAUGGCGAGGAACAACCCGUACUGGAGUCCAUGCGAGAUUAUCUCAUUGGCACCAUACAAAAGACCUUUGAAGUAAGCUUUGAUCAGGCCGAGAAGCUCUAUCAAGAACUGUUGGAAUGUACCCGCAAUAAGAAUUUGAUUACCGUUUUUCGCAUACAAGAAAAGCCCGAGGGCGAGGCACAGGAGCUAGAUCAGACAAUUUUAACGGCGCUCUUCAAGUCCCAGCAUCUCAGUCCGCCGGAACAAUUGAGCUUGGCAUUGACCUGGAAUCGUGUUGACAUUGCGCGAAGUGAGAUAUUUGUCUAUGGACAGGAAUGGCCAAAUGGCGCUCUGGAUGAAGCCAUGAUGCAGGCACUCGAACAUGAUAGAAUCGAUUUUGUCAAAUUACUUUUGGAAAAUGGUGUGUCAAUGAAAAAAUUCUUAACAAUACCGCGCCUUGAGGAACUCUACAAUACAAAACACGGUCCAGCCAAUACUUUGGGUUACAUAUUGCGCGAUGUGCGUCCGCAUAUACCCAAGGGCUAUAUUUACACCCUGCACGACAUUGGCCUUGUCAUCAAUAAACUAAUGGGCGGCGCCUAUCGAUCCUAUUACACGCGUCGCAAGUUUCGUCCCAUCUACGCCAAGGUGAUGAACAGCUAUGCAAAUGCUUGCCGCAAGUCCUCAUCCUAUCAAUAUCAACGCUAUGCGGGCGCCAAUUCCCUCAGCCUCGUCACAGGACUUUUGCCAUUCACCACUGAAAUGGCCUUAUUCGAGUUCCCCUUCAAUGAGCUGCUGAUUUGGGCAGUGCUAACCAAGCGACAACAGAUGGCGCUGCUGAUGUGGACACAUGGCGAGGAGGCGUUAGCCAAAUCGCUGGUAGCCUGUAAACUGUACAAGGCCAUGGCCCAUGAGGCGGCCGAGGACGAUUUGGAUACUGAGAUCUACGAAGAAUUGCGUUCCUAUGCCAAAGAGUUUGAGAGUAAAGGCAACAAACUGUUGGAUUUCAGCUAUCGUCAGGAUGCGGAGAAGGCGCAGCGCUUACUCACCUGUGAGCUGCACUCAUGGUCCAACCAGAGUUGUCUAUCCCUGGCUGUAGCUGCCAACCAUCGUGCCCUGCUGGCCCAUCCCUGCAGCCAGGUGAUUCUAGCUGAUCUCUGGAUGGGAGGACUGCGCACUCGCAAAAACACCAAUUUUAAAGUCAUUUUGGGCUUAAUAAUGCCAUUCUAUAUCAGACAAUUGGACUUUAAAUCAAAAGAGGAGCUUCAGCAAAUGCCGCAGACAGAGGAGGAGCAUUUGGAAAAUCAAAAUUUAGACAACGAUGAUUCAGAUCGUUCACAGCCCGAUGCAGAGAAUGCCCUUUUAAAAGCUAAAAGAUCCAUUUCCUUGAGAUAUAGGAUGGGCGCGAGCAGUAAUAAUCGCGACAAGGCUCUAUUGGCGGAUACUUAUUCAGUGCGCGAUACAAAAGUACACGAAAAUGGAAAAGUUUCGCUGACAGACUCGGAUCCUUCACAAUUUCGAGAAUUCUUUCAUCUGUCGGAAUUUUCAAAUGAGAUUAAACAACAUCAACCGCUGCGUUUAAAGAAGAAGUUUUAUGAGUUUUACACAGCACCCAUUACUAAAUUUUGGGCUGAUUCGAUUGCGUACAUGUUCUUUCUGAUAAUGUUCUCGUUCACGGUGCUAGUUAAAAUGGGUCCCAUGCCUAGAUGGCAAGAAUGGUAUUCAAUAGCAUAUAUUACCACUCUCGGGUUUGAGAAGGUGCGUGAAAUUGUAUCCUCCGAACCGGUGGCGAUUACGCAUAAAUUCUCGGUGUGGGCAUGGAACAUGUGGAAUCCAUGCGAUGGAGCCGCCAUAAUACUCUUUCUCAUCGGCCUGGCAUUUCGCUUCCGCCCCGCAACAAUGGAUAUUGGACGCGUUAUUUACUGCGUGGACAGCAUCUACUGGUAUUUGCGCAUAUUGAACAUUCUUGGCGUCAACAAGUAUUUGGGUCCACUGGUUACCAUGAUGGGCAAAAUGGUUAAGAACAUGAUAUAUUUUGUGGUUCUAUUGGCAGUUGUCCUCAUGAGUUUUGGAGUUAGUCGUCAGGCGAUUCUUUAUCCGAAUAAUGAGCCCACCUGGCGGCUAAUUAGAGAGGUCACAUAUCAACCCUACUUCAUGUUGUACGGCGAGGUGUUUGCCGACGAUAUCGAUCCACCCUGUGGCGAGGAUCCACGCCAGCCAGCCUGUGUGACGGGCCACUGGGUAACGCCGAUUACGAUGUCCAUGUACCUUUUAAUUGCCAAUAUUCUACUAAUUAACCUGCUCAUCGCCGUUUUUAACAAUAUUUUCAACGAAGUUAAUUCGGUUUCACACCAGGUGUGGAUGUUUCAGCGGUUCACGGUGGUGAUGGAAUACCAACAGAAGCCAGUGUUGCCACCGCCCUUCAUCGCUUUCUGCCACUUUUAUUCACUGCUCAAAUAUUGCGUAAGGAAGGCGAAAGGAUUGGAGGUGCAGCGGGACAAUGGUCUCAAGCUAUUCCUCGAAAAGGACGAUUUGGAGCGACUCUAUGACUUUGAGGAGGAGUGCGUCGAGGGCUUUUUCCAUGAGCAGGAAAUCAUAUUGAAUCAGUCAACCGAUGAGCGUGUUAAGAACACAACAGAGCGUGUCGAGACCAUGUCACAGAAAAUCGAGGACAUCAAUCAAAAGGAGAAUAUACAAACAGCCACUGUCCAGAAUAUUGAAUUCCGUUUGCGCAAAAUGGAGGAGUCAGCUGAGCAGAUACUGUCCCAUCUCGGAGUCAUACAUCGCUUCAUGUCCACACACACCGCUGGCACCGACGAUUUGCGCGGCUCCACAAUGAACAUUCCAGGUGAAAUGCACCGAGUGCGCACCAUUUCAAUGUCCGACAAUGAGGGAGGCGGGGGUGGCAUUGUGGGAGGUGGAAGCAGUGGCAUCGCCGCGGGACUGGGAAUGAAUGCAGCACUUACUUUAAAUUCGCUACAGGUAAAUAAUCGACGGCGCUUCAACCGCUCGCUGACCGAGGUGCGUCCGGAUGCCUACAUCCUGGAUGAGGGCACCCACUUUGAGGUGGUACCGCUGCCCGAGGAGCCCGACGAAGUGGUCAAGUCCCGGGAGGCGCUUAACGAGCCGGUGGUACAGCUGGUGCGCAAGACCUCAAUGCAAUCCGAGCCAGACUCUGACAUUUACUUGCCACUGUCGCAGCGUCCAUCCACCUGUGAGACGGUCAAACGCACGCCAUAUGUGACUGUCCGCCAGGAUACAGGAGCCAGCACGGAGAGCAAGGACACCCUAACACCCAUGGGCACCAACGACGACGAUCAGACUCUGGUCGGCGGUGAUAACUCCGAUGAUGCAGCUCCGGAUAUGCACUUUGAGGCUGCCAGGCAUCGGGCGUUACGUCAGCGGACCGUCUCGCUCUGUCGCCGCAACUCGGAGACGUACUCGCUGACUGGAGCGGACAUAAAUCGAUCCCAUAUAAGCCUCAAUCAGUUGGCGACGCUGUCGCGCCGUCAGUUGAGUCUGACACAGUCCGAGCCGGACAGUGAUAAGGAUACUCCAGUGGCACCAACAGGUAAAUCAGUAUUGCAUGCGAAACCCUCGAGAAAUAGAUUGCUGAAACUGCACAGCGAGUACACAUCGAUAACGGACGAACUGGAGAGCGUCUGCCAUUUGAUUGCCUCGCCGACCGUCUCGCUGCAGAGCAACAAAGCCUCCUUGGAUCGUCCCAAGACAGAUAUGUCACGUGCUGAGGCCGCUGCUCUCCUGGAGAAGAAGCAUUUAAAAGAAUGUGAGGAGAAUGACUACAGGAUACUUGAGGGUUUGUUCGAAGCCCGUGGUUCCAUCGAUGCCAGCGUUCAACCCUAUGAGAUCGGUGUCUCCGUGGACUAUAGCCAUCGGUACCCGCUGCGACGGGAAACGGCAGUGGAGCUGUCGCCUUCAAAGCCGUCGGCGGACAGCGCGCUGCUUGGCGGUGGUGUUGGAUGUGGUGAUAGCAGUGAUACCAGCGGUGCGGGGAGUAGUGGCUUUCAGUUGAAGAACGAACGUCCUUGGCAGCGCAAUUCCUCAAUGGAACAGCAGGCAUAUCAGUCUCCGUCUCCGCUGGUGCCGACACGGGCCACCAGCGACUUUUUGAAUCCACCCUAUGAGAGUGGCGGUCGCCUGUUUAAGAAAUCUAGCGAGAGCCUCCAGAAGAAUUCCAGCACGGACACGGACUACUCGGCACACCCAUAUCGAUUUAUCAAGCAGAGCUCCAAUGAGACAAAUACCUCGCUCACCGGAUCCUACAAUAUUGAUACGCCCUCGCUAACGGCAGAGCCCUCUCUCGAUGCAGGGGACUCCCAAUCAGCGACUGGAAUUAGUGUCGGUGCUGUGGGUGGUGUUGGUAUUGCUGGUGUGGGUGGUUUGAGUGGUGCGCGUUAUCAGCCAAAGCGCACAGCGUCCGUCGGUGCCGCCGAUGGCAGACGAUUGAGAGACGACAGCUCCAGUUCGCUGGAUCUGAGCGGAGGGGGAGUAAUGCAGCCACAGGGGGUGGUGGUACCGCCAGCACUGCCAAUGCGACCCAUGCAGCUGAUGAAACAGUUUAGCAUGGACCAAGGCAAACCUGCUGAGACAAUAUCCACAGAAUCAGCACCAGUUACCAGUUUGCCCACACAGGUCACAGGCGCCAAACUGAUUUCGUCUCUCAAGCCGAACUACACCAGUAAACUGGGCAUGAAUGUCCUGAAAGAAAGCAGCUCCAGUACAGAGGAAUCACGGGACUACGAGGCCUUAUCCACCACAUCGUCCUCGGUGAAAAGCGGCAACAAUGCGCCAUUAACCAUACCACAAAUCAGCACACAUUUGGUACAGGACGAGAUUGCCAAGUUGUCGUCAAAUAUUAAAAGCAGCACCGAUUCCGAAAAGGAUCCUCCAUAUAACGAGACAAUGUGUUAAAUACUAUUCGUGUAUAUGUCUAGUUACUUACAUAUGUAUGUUUUAUCCAGAGCUGGGAAUAGGGAUUAGAGUUUGUUUUCAUUUCAUUUCAUAUAUCUAGUUUUAUCUUACAAUUUUUAUUAGUUUGCCAAGUAUUUAAAAAAUUAAAUUUAAAAAAAUAAUGUAGUCCAGGUUAAACUUUAAUAAUUAAAAGCACUCUUAUUUUUAGUCAAGAGGUGCCGAUUAAAAAAUGUAAUCAUUAUUCCCAGCUCAUUGAUUUAGCAAUUGAAGUUAGUUGUUAAGUGUUUUACCCGCCCAUAAAAAACACAUAUGUACACCGUUAAGCAUAUAAAUAUGUUAAGUUAGCUGUACAAAUAAGUGAAUCCACCUUGUGCUCAAUGUCGUUACUAGUCAACGAUUUCCUGUUAUUAUACAGGCAUAUCUGAACUCCACAUUCGAAUCAAUUUCAUCAUCACAACAUUAAGAAUUUAAUUUUGAAGAAUUUAAAAUGUAUGCUAUGCAUAUUUUAGUGAAAUUGUUUUGAAAGUGGAAUAUUGAAUACAUAUACAACAGGACUUACAAGUUAUAAUAAAUAUUGUUGUUCAUGUUGGAUGGUUAUGCAUAUAUUCGCACUUGACAUGCAGUCAACAUUCAGCGCAUAUCAAAGAUAAAUACAAUGAACAUCUCUAGCCCCGUAUGUGUUAAUAAUUUUUGACAAUACAUAGUUCACAGAUUGUCUGUAUUUUUAUAAGAUGUUUUUAUUUACAAGUCAUAUAUUAUUGAGGUUAUAUUAUACAACAAGAAUGUUACAAACUAGGAAUGGUAAAUGCAUGCAUUUCUCUUAAACACUAACAAAAAUAUAUCUAUUGAAUAUCACUUCUUAAAUAUCCAUCACUUAAGCUUUACUUAUUACAAAUAUGUAUAUUCUUAUCCAGAAAUGUCUACUAAGUCUAGAAUUAGUCAGCCAUACAUAUGAUACACUUGCAAUUUCACAUAUCUUAACUCAACCUAUUAACUUAUCUAAUUAAUAACUGAUUACACCUCAAUAUUUAGCUCAAUGCAACAUGUUGUACUUACUUAUGUAUGCCUGUCUCCCUGUUAUAUAGUAGUAUAGAAAAGGUUGCACCUUUCCGACCGAUAUCAACUUACUGUGUAUAUGUAUAUGUAUGUGAGUGUAUUUACGCUAAAUGUUUGUCAGUGCAAUUAGUUAGUCCAGUUUACUUAGUCAUAUAUCUAUAUAUGUGUAUAGGCUACAAAUUUUAAAUAGCUGGCCAUUAUUGGGCUGCUACAAACUAUAUAUAAAUAAAAUUGUGUAUAAAAAUAAACCAAAAUAUAUUUUUCAUAAAGAAAUAAAAUAAGAUCGGUUUAUAUUGUUAACGUUUUGCUUCUUGUUAAAUGCCGCAAUGCGCUAUUUUCAUGAUAAGGAAUAAAAAGUGUUUGAAACUUUAUAAAAUUUUCGCAUUUUAUUAGAUAUAGAAUAUGUACUUAUUGACUUUAAGAAAUAAAUUUUAUUAUUUUAAUGG